AAGAAAAAAAAAAAAAACAAUAAAUCACUGCCAAUAUAAAAAGUAAGUUUUUUUCUGGCGAAUUCUAAAUCAAGCUUGAAUUUUCCCUGCAACUGAGGUUUCUUAUUUACAGAUGAAGAAGAAGAAGAAGCAGAAGAACCAGAAUAAAGAAGAAGAGAGAAGAAAGCUUUCAAAAUCAGGAUUUCUAGGGUCUGUCUUCCCCUAGAGGGAAUGUCAAAAGCGUAUUAAAGCCGAGGAUUUUACUAAGAAAAUGUUGACGCUUGGAGAAGAUCACUCCGGUAGAAUCCGUUCAAGCUCGAGCAGGUCAAGGCCUAGGAAGCUUCGGAUUCAUGGCUACAAGAUUCCUGAUCUCAACGCAGAUCCUUGCUUGGAUAUGGAUAGGGAAGAAACAGAGGAGGUGGUAGGAUUCAAACCUCAGGAUGCAGAUUAUUUACAAAACGUUCCUCAGCUCGUUUACGAGCUAGAGGUGGAGAUACUCGCACGCGUCCCGCGUUUCGAGUAUUGGAAACUCAAGUUUCUAAGUAAGCAGUUUUCGCGUUUACUAAAAAGCGGUGAGAUAUUCAAGGUGAGAAGAGAACGCGGUUUAGCUGAACCCUCUGUCUUUAUGCUCUCGAGCGGCGACACUCGUUGGACCAUGUUCGAUAAGGACUUUGAGAAUUGCCAGAAGCUUCCUGAACUUCCUUCAGAUAUUUGCUUCUUCGGUGGAGAUAAAGAAUCGCUUUGCGCUGGAACACAUUUGAUUGUCAUUGGCAAAGAAGAGAAGAGCAUUGCGUUGUGGCGUUACGAGCUAGAGACGAACAAGUGGUUCAAAGGUCCUGGAAUGAUCACACCACGAAUCUUAUUCGCUUCUGCUACUUGUGGAACCGUCGUGUUUGUAGCUGGAGGUUUGAGAAUAGAUGAGAACAGGUCUAUGGAAGUUGUGAACAGUGUCGAGAAGUACGACUCUGAGACCAAAACCUGGACGCUGCUUCACGGAAUGCACAAGCGGCGGAAAUUUUGCUCAGGAUGUUACUUGCGCGGCAAGUUUUAUGUCCUUGGUGGCAGAGAUGAGAAUGAUCAAAACCUAACUUGCGGAGAACGUUACGACGAGGGAACAGACACUUGGGAGCUAAUACCGGACAUUUUCAAAGACAUGUAUUUCUCUUCUGCUCAGUCUCCACCGCUCAUCGCCGUGGUGAAUGAAGAACUUUACUCGUUGGAAACAUCGGCGAACGAGCUCCGCGUUUAUGAUGCAAACGCAAACGCUUGGAAGAAGCUUGGGGAUGUGCCUGUGAGAGCUAAGUCUAAUGGAGGAUGGGGCGUUGCGUUUAAGUCGCUUGGAGAUAAGCUGCUUGUGAUUGGAGCAUCGUCGGGACUAUCUCGGACCGAGACUAUGUCGGUUUACACGUGUCGUCCAUCCGCUGAUCCUGACGACAAGCUGGACUGGGAGGAGUCUAAACGCUGCUGUGGCGUUCGGCUCAAUCAUUUUAUCUUAAACUGUUGUGUGAUGAUUGCUUAAGAGGUCUUCUCUAGAGCAAAGCAAAACUGGAGUAGCUUUUUGUGUUUUGUGUGUGUUUGAAUAAAAUGUUGUAGCGUACUGGCGUCUCAAGACGCUGAAA